AUAAAAAAGAAGAGAUCAGAAGAAAAGAAAAGAACAGCAAGCAAGCAAUCCAUGGGUAGACCUCCUUGUUGUGAUAAAGUACUUGGUAUCACGAAAGGACCUUGGACUCCUGAAGAAGAUCUAAUUUUAGCAUCUUACAUCGAAGAACAUGGACCAGGGAAUUGGAGAUCAGUACCAACUAAUGCGGGCCUGCUAAGAUGCAGCAAAAGUUGCAGGUUGAGAUGGAGUAAUUACUUAAGACCAGGCAUCAAGAGAGGAAACUUCACUGAAUUUGAAGAAAAGAAAAUCAUUACUCUUCAAAGUUUAUGGGGCAACAAGGGUAUCACACAGAUGGGCAGCAAUAGCUUCAAAUCUUCCCCAAAGAACAGAUAAUGAUAUAAAGAAUUAUUGGAAUACACAUCUUAAGAAAAAGCUCAAGAAGUUUCAUUCGGUAUUACACCCUCAUCAUCUGGGAUCAUCAUCAAAAAGCUUUGAG